AUGCUUGAACCACCUCACUCCUCUGGGUCAAUUGGCUCUGGUAAGCUUCUUUCACACCAGUCUUGGGCUAAGUCUAGCACUAUGUUCGUACCGCCAGCCUACUAUACCCUGUAGUAGACAUGUUUGUUUUCUCCUGUCCCCCGGACUGCUGUAAUUUAAAUGUCUUGAUUAUGGCAUGCAAAUACGGCAAGUGUAAUUGUAGGAGUCACUUGGAUGAAAAAGUGUUUACCAGCAAGAAAGAACAGCGGACUGCACAGAAGCGCUAGGCAUGUCUUUUCCAAAGAGACUGGUUUGCAUCUCUCAAUAUGUCCUGAAUAUCAGACCCCUGAAAUAUUUUAUUCUACUGAAUAUUACAGCAGUUAUUCUCAGACAUUCUGAUUUUUAAAUAGAGAGAAGUCCUAUAAUUUGUUAAAGUUCACACUCUUCAUAGAGGCUUAGCUAGCUGAGAGAACAAAUGACCACCGGGGGAAAAAAGUCAGCUCAAGGGAAGACUGCAUUUUUCUGUUAAACUUUCCUGGUAGUUUUCCCUGCCACAUUAACAAUGUCUUAAUCAUGCGUUAAGACUCACAAGGACAUUCCACUUGUCCUCUUCAGAGUGACAUUGGACAUGACAGCUUUGUACUGUAUAGCUAGCUAGCUAGUGUGCAUUGUUAAAGUCAAAAGGGAGUUAUGUGGAUUCAAAGAGCUGGAGAACAGAGAUAAGACGUCAAAGGGAGUAUGUUCAGACAGGUCCCUCCGUGACCUCAAGGACCCAGACUGAAGACGCCCGUUCGCUGAAUGAACACAGUCAAACUCGGACAGGGCUCACCAACCAAAUAGUUCAAGCAUGGCAGCAAAAUGUAUUGAGCAUCCAUACAACUAUUCACAUUCUAGAAAAUAAUAUUCCACUUUCAAGUGUGAAAGAGUAAUCUUGUGAGUUACCCCAUUAUAGCCUGGUCCCAGGUCUGUUUGUGUUGUCUUUCCAACUCAUGAACAUAUGAGUUGGUAAAACUUAUCAAAGUUCUGGGACCAGGCUAAAUAAUCUGUUCUGUAUGUACAGUUAUUAACUUGUUUCUUUGUUUGCUUCCUACCCCUGACCCCUCUGAUCCAGAUCCCCCGUCUCCCCCAGUGCCAGAGUAUGUGUUCAAACCCCCCUCACGGCCAGACUUUGGCACCAUGGGCAGGACAAUCAAACUGCAGGCAAACUUCUUUGAGAUGGAGAUCCCCAAACUGGAGGUCUACCACUAUGACAUCGACAUCAAGCCAGAGAAAUGCCCCAGAAGGGUCAACCGGUAUGGAACUGUUUUAUUUGGUGUAUGGGCUUACCCUGAGCCAAAUAACUAGUAGGCCAUUAUCUAGUUAAUUACAUUUUGUACUGUUGAUAAUGUCUAACACGCUCCAUUUGUGUUCUUCUCAGUGAAAUUGUGGAGCACAUGGUACAGCACUUUAAAACGCAGAUCUUUGGUGAUCGAAAGCCAGUGUAUGAUGGGAGGAAGAAUCUUUACACAGCCAUGCCCUUACCCAUAGGGAGGGAAAAGGUAAGUCUCCCCGUCUGACCAGAGGUGUCUGUUAUGUGAAGGCCCCUAUGUUAUUGGACAGCUGUGAUUGCAUGCAAUGUGAUAGUGUAUACACUUGGUGGUCAUUUUAUUAGGUACACCAAUCUAGGACUGGGUCGGACCCCCCUUUGCCUCCAGAACAGCCUGAAUUCUUCAGGGCAUGGAAAUGUUGCUCAAAUGGUAUCAAGGGACCUAACGUGUGCCAGGAAAACAUUCCCAACACCAUUACACCACCACAACCAGCCUGUACCAUUGACACCAGGCAGGAUGGGGCCAGGGACUCAUGCUGCUUACGCCAAAUCCUGACUCUGCCAUCAGCUUGACGCAACAGGAACCGAGAUUCAUCGGAUCAUGCAAUGUUUUCCACUCCUCAAUUGUUCAGUGUUGGUGAUCGCGUGCCAACUGAAGCCUCUUCUUGUUUUUAGCUGAGAGGAGUGGAACCCGGUGUGGCCGUCUGCUGCAAUAGCCCAUCCGUGACAAGGACCGACGAGUUGUGCGCUCCGAGAUGCCGCUCUGCACACCACUGUUGUACGGCGCCGUUAUUUGUCUGUUUGUGGCCGGCCUGUUAGCUUGCACGAUUCUUGCCUUUCUUCUUCGACCUCUCAUCAGCUAGCUGUUUGCGCCCACAGGACUGCCGCUGACUGGAUUAUUAUUUUUUUGUCACACCAUUCUCGGUAAACCCCAGACACUGUCGUGCGUGAAAAGCCCUGGAGGCCGACCAGCUUCUGAGAUACUGGAACCGGCGUGCCUGGUACCAACGAUCAUACUACGCUCAGUCGCUUAGGUCACUCGUUUUGCCCAUUCUAACGUUCAAUCGAACAGUAACUGAAAACCUUGAUGCCUGUCUGCAUGUAGCAAGCCACGGCCACGCGAUUCACUGUCUGUAGAAGCUAACCAUUUUCAUAAACUGGGUGGUCUACCUAAAUAAACUGGCCACUGAGUGUAAAUUACAGCCAUGAUAUUGGUUUUCAUCUUGUGUAUAGACUACUUAUCACACAUGUCUUGGGGUAUACAGUGCUGUGAAAAAGUAUUUGCCCCCUUUCUGAUUUUCUCUGCUUUAGCAUAUUUUUGAUACUGAACGUUAUCAGAUCUUCAACCAAAACCUAAUAUUAGAUAAAGGGAACCUGUGUGAACAAAUAACACAACAAUUACGUACUUAUUUCAUAAACAAAGUUAUGCAACACCCAAUGCCCCUGUGUUGAAAAAGUAAUUGCCCCCUUAAACUCUAACUGGUUGUGCCACCUUUUAGCUACAAUAACUGCAACCAAAUGCUUCCUGUAGAACUGCUUUAACUCAGCGACAUUUGUGGGUUUUCAAGCAUGAACUGCUCGUUUCAAGCCCUGCCACAACAUCUCAAUUGGUAUUAGGUCUGGACUUUGACAAGGCCAUUCCAAAACAUCAAAUUUGUUGCUUUUUAACCAUUUUCAUGUGGACUUGAUUGUGUGUUUUGGAUGAUUGUCUUGCUGUAUGACCCAUCUGUGGAUGGCCUGACAUUCUCCUGUAGAAUCUUCUGAUACAGAGCAGAAUUCAUGGUUCCAUCUAUUAAAAAGCUAUACUUUUGACUCAUUUGUCCAUAGAACAUACUUCCAAGAGUCUUGAUGAUCAUCCAGGUGCAUUUGGCAAAUUUUGAGUAAACCUGUUGGACGACAUGGGUCCCAUUUAUGCCUGUCGAAAACCAAACAUUGCAUUCCAUAGUAUGUACCUAAUACCAACGGUCAAGCGUGGUGGUAGUGGGAUGCUUUGCUGCCUCAGGACCUGUUGGGUGUUGCAUUACUUUGUUUAUGAAUUAAAUGAAAUAAGUAUGUAAUUGUUGUUGUUUAACUCAGUUUCCCUUUAUCUAAUAUUAGGUUUUGGUUGAAGAUCUGAUAACGUUCAGUAUCAAAAAUAUGCAAAAAUAGAGAAUCAGAAAGGGGGCAAAUACUUUUUCGCUGAACUGUAUAUUCAACAAACUUGCCUGUUGAAAUGAAAAACCCUUUAAUCAAGCUUUUUGAUGCUUCAAGGUAGUCAUGCCGAUUUUGUAAACAGGCCAAAACACCUGUGUCCACAAACAGGUGGAGCUGGAGGUGACCAUCCCAGGCGAGGGGAAGGACCGGAACUUCAAAGUGGCCAUAAAGUGGGUGUCCUGCGUCAGUCUGCAAGCUCUUCAGGAAGCCCUGUCUGGCCGGCUGCCAAACAUCCCCUUUGAGACCAUCCAGGCCCUGGAUGUAGUCAUGAGACAUUUGCCCUCUAUGAGGUCAGUCUUGUCCCCUUUAAAACGAUCAGUAUAUUUUCGCUAUGUAUUGUUGGUAUUUAAUGGUGCUAUUUAGAGUUACAGCACAUUCAUAGUUGUCAAACAAUCGUUCUCGUGCAAAUGGGCUCAAUCGAACCAGUAAAUGGGUCCACCCAUUUCCCAAGACACUUCUUCAAUCUUUCCCUCAAACAUGGUCACAAAUCGCUGUUUUCUUUGUACACACCAAAGCCUUACAAUCCCCAUUCACUUCUAGUAUGUUUGUCCCUGUGGGUUAUGCAAAUUGUCUAUUGUAAGCCAAUUUCUGUUGAGAGAAGGGUAUGAAUCACAUUUUCCUCCUACCCUCUUCCAACAGGUACACCCCCGUCGGACGUUCUUUCUUCACCCCUUCAGAGGGCUGCUCUAACCCCCUGGGUGGGGGCAGAGAGGUCUGGUUUGGGUUCCACCAAUCGGUCAGGCCUUCCCUGUGGAAGAUGAUGCUAAACAUUGACGGUAUGUUUCACGCCGCAAAUUACUGCGUCCCAAAUGGCACCCUAUUCCCUAUAUAGUAGGGAAUGUGCCAUUUGUGACACAAUCAAUGUGUCAGACUACAGUAUGUCUCUGUGUAGGGUGUAUGAAUGGAAGGAGGAUAGUACUGGGAAUGUCAUUCCAUGGUAGGUUUCAGUCAGUAAAUAGGUGGCAUUGAUUAAGCUCUCACUAAAGUGCUGAUUGGGUGCGGGCUUGUACUUUUGUGGUAAUGCCAUUGGUCCAGAAAGUGUAAACCCAACCCACUAUGCUCAAACGAAUGCAACCUACCAUAAUCGUAAGCUACAGUAUGUAUCUGGAAGCCGGAGGAUAGGUCUGUGAACCUGUGCUUGUGUUUUGUUGUUCCAGUGUCGGCCACCGCGUUCUACAAGGCUCAGCCUGUGAUUGAGUUCAUGUGUGAGGUUUUGGAUUUCAAAAGCAUUGAAGAACAACAGAAGCCCUUAACCGACUCCCAGAGAGUAAAGUUUACCAAGGAAAUCAAAGGUAAUCAUUCAUUACCAGGUAAUCAAUAGUUGCGUUGGGUUGGUUGUUUUGUCUGUCUGAGUGGAAAUACUUGAAAAUACUUAUAUCCAACAAUUCUGUACUAUAACAAAUAUAAAUGUUGCUAUGAUACGUGUAUAUAUUUUUGUGUAUUGACUUAAAAUCUUAAUUUGACAUCAGAGUAGAAUGUGAUGAAAUAGGAAAACGUGAUUGUCUACAGAGUGUGAAUCUGACCACUGUCUUGCCGUUGUGAUUCUCAGGUCUGAAGGUUGAGAUCACUCACUGUGGUCAGAUGAAAAGGAAGUACAGAGUGUGUAACGUGACCAGAAGACCAGCCAGCCACCAGACGUAAGAAGUAACACCCUAAAAUAUUCACAACAGCCUCAAUUCCUUUAGUUUUCUGUGAUAUAAACACGACUGGUUUACAUAGGGAUGUAAUAGAAACUAACCUAUAUUAACAUAUGCUUAACACAUCAUUUCAUGCACAGAUUAGGAGCAGAUCCCAAUCAGGUAAAACAGAAAUCCCCACAUGGGAUCUUGGAUUUCUUUGGAAAUCCAUUGUAACUUUCUUUCUUUAUUUUGCUCGCUCAUCUGUUUGACCUCAGGUUUCCACUGCAGCAGGAGAAUGGCCAGACCAUAGAAUGCACGGUAGCGCAGUACUUCAAAGACAAAUACAAACUCAUACUGCGCUACCCCCACCUCCCCUGUCUACAGGUCGGACAGGAGCAGAAACACACCUACCUCCCCCUCGAGGUCAGUCUGCAGUUUCCCCUCACAACCUCUCAGAUGGUUUACUACUGGGUUCAAAUGGUUACAAAUAAUGAGGACCCGGGCGGUAUUACAGAAACUCCAGUUCACCAUUACAUCGUCAGAGGAUGCACAAGAGUAUGUUUUAGUAAUUUAGCAGACGCUCUUUACAGUAGUGAGUGCAUACAUUUUUGUACUGGUCCCCCGUGAGAAUCGAACCCACAACCCUGGCGUUGCAAGCGCCAUGCUCUACCAACUGAGCUACACGGGACAUCCUUGCGUCCGCCACACCCCCUUUGAAUCAGCUGUUUUCUCGAAGGAGAAAAGCAUGCACACAUUUAAAAACUAUACGAUACUCAUCCUUUUAUCUUGAAAAUGCAUUGCGCAACUAGCUACGUUUAGUUUUUAAUCACUUUACACAUUUAUUUUGGGAUUCCACCCCAUAAACGCAAUUUGCCUGAUGACGCGCGAGUGGAGGAGUCUUAUUUCAUACAAGCGCAUUUGUUUCCACAUUUCCUCUCCUCUAUUACCUUUUACCUUUUUCAAAAGGAAGAGAGGACUGAGGAUUUAGCAAAACCAAUUAAGAAUCUCCAUAUGCGAGACUAUUCUCCGGAUGAUGCCUUCGUGAUGUGUCCCUGAGGGUGGUAAUAAAGCUGUGUUGUAAUGCAUGUGUCUAGGUCUGUAACAUAGUGGCUGGCCAGCGGUGCAUCAAGAAGCUGACCGACAAUCAGACGUCCACUAUGAUCCGUGCCACAGCCCGAUCGGCACCCGACCGUCAGGAAGAGAUCAGCAAACUGGUAAAGAGACUUAACUGACUUGGGAGUGUAAACUCAAGCACGGUGUCUUGAAAGCUGCUUUUAUGAACUUUAAAAUGAUCUAUUUGGAUGUACAACAACAACAACUCUGAACUACUGUUAUUGAACUAUUGAUGGCCUGACCAUAUGUGAAUGUUUUCGUUCAGUCAGUCUUUCCAACGUCCUAGAGUGUGUAUAUAUAAACCCUCCAAAUUAUUUCCACUGAACCUUUGCUCUCUUUUCAGAUGAGAAGUGCCAACUUUAACAAUGAUCCUUACGUUCGUGAGUUUGGGGUGAUGGUGAGGGAUGAGAUGACCGAGGUGAACGGUCGAGUCCUCCAGGCCCCAUCUAUCCUCUACGGAGGGCGGGUAGGUUUCUGCCAUUUAAGCUGGGUUGAUUGGGGUGAACGGCAGAGUCCUCCAGGCCCCAUCUAUCCUCUAACGGUUAUCAGCAAUAGCCAAUGAGAGCUGGCCAGAGAAGAAGCCAGCUGGUAGAGCACGGCGCUUGUAACGCCAAGGUAGUGGGUUCGAUCCCCGGGACCACCCAUACACAAAAAUGUAUGCACGCACGACUGUAAGUCGCUUUGGAUAAAAGCGUCUGCUAAAUGGCAUAUUAUUUAUUUUUUUAUUUAUAGAUGAUAAUGUUGUUUCGCCUCACCCAGAAUGCGUAGACUCUCGCACUGGAGCCAUGACUACUACUAGUAUGCGUCUGUACUUGCCUUUAACCAAAGCCAAAGUGUCAAAUAGUUACAGGUCUGAAGUGCACAAGCAAUGUUAUUCAAUUCAAAAUGUUGACUAGACAUUUCAGCUCUGUAUGGCAAGCGUGAAUGUCUGACAACGUUUGAGGCUGCUUUGAGCCACAGCACGUUGUAGCUAUGUUAAAUCUAAUCACAUUGGGGAGACAGCGUGGUAUCAACAAUCCUCACGACCAAGUGAAGAGUCUUGUAGUGUGUGACCUCAGUCUGUGCCACAACGUUUAGUGUGCAUACCACUAUGUUGGCAACACAAACAGAACCUACAGGAAAGCCAGUCAUUCAAUGUGAGGCUCAGCGAUGUUAGGAUUUUGAAAGUAUGUAGUGUACACCCGGGUUAAGGUAUCAUUGUCAUGUUUUGUUUUAUUGCAUAAUUCUUGCUGGAACCAUGUAGACAUAGAAAAAUAUUUAAAAAAUAUCCCAUUCCCAGACAACUAUUUGUCUCUGACCCUUAUCUCUUCUCCCUUUUACUCAAGCAGAAUAAAGCAAUAGCAACUCCCAUCCAGGGAGUGUGGGACAUGAGGAACAAGCAGUUCCACACUGGCAUUGAGAUCAAGGUGUGGGCCAUCGCCUGCUUUGCCCCACAGAGACAGUGCACUGAACUCCUCCUCAAGUAAGAACUACAGCUGCAAGGAGCCCUUAGAAGUAGCCUCAUGACCAUCGGGGGGGGUCUAUUAAACAUUCCGUUUUUUUAAAUGGAAGUUAUAGUUUCAGAUGUGAAAGUAUUGAAAAAUACUUUUUCUUCUGUGUUGGCCCUCUUAUGAUUUCCAUCGACACCAUCUUUUUGGAAUCCAAUAAAGAGUUUUAAGACACUUGUAUUGUGUUUUUGUACCUUUUUAACCUGUUUUUCUCUCAGGGCGUUCACAGACCAGCUGCGUAAGAUCUCUCGCGACGCGGGGAUGCCCAUCCAGGGCCAACCCUGUUUCUGUAAGUACGCCCAGGGUGCGGACAGCGUGGAGCCCAUGUUCAAACACCUCAAGUACACCUACCAGGGCUUGCAGCUGGUGGUGGUCAUCCUGCCUGGGAAGACGCCUGUCUAUGGUGAGGAAACUGGAAGCUAUACUGAACAAAAAUAUAAACGAAACAUGCAACAAUUUAAGUUACAGUUCAUAUGAGGAAAUCAGUCAAUUGAAGUAAAUUGAUUAGGCCCUAAUCUAUGGAUUUCACAUGACUAGGAAUACAGAUAUGCAUCUGUUGUUCAGUCUAUUCUUGUUCUGAGAAAUGAAGGCUAUUUCUUGCAAGAAAUUGCCAAGAAACUGAAGAUCUCAUACAACGCUGUGUACUACGCCCUUCACAGAACACCAGUCUCAACGUCAACAGUGAAGAGGUGACUCCGGGAUGCUGACCUUCUAGGCAGAGUUGCAAAGAAAAAGCCAUAUCUCAGACUGGCCAAUAAAAAGAAAAGAUUAAAUCUGAGAGAUGGCUUUUUCUCUGCAACUCUGCCUAGAAGGUCAGCAUCCCGGAGUCGCCUCUUCACUGUUGACGUUGAGACUGGUUAUUUGCGGGUACUAUUUAAUGAAGCUGCCAGUUGAGGACCUGUGAGGCGUCUUUCUCAAACUAGACACUAAUGUAUUUGUCCUCUUGCUCAGUUGUGCACCGGGGCCUCCCACUCCUCUUUCUAUUCUGGUUAGAGCCAGUUUGCGCUGUUCUGUGAAGGGAGUAGUACACAGCGUUGUAUGAGAUCUUCCGUUUCUUGUCAAUUUCUCGCAUGGAAUAAAUAGCCUUCAUUUCUCAGAACAAGAAUAGACUGAUGAGUUUCAGAAGAAAGUUAUUUGUUUCUGGCCAUUUUGAGCCUGUAAUCGAACCCACAAUUGCUGAUGCUCCAGAUACUCAACUAGUCUCAAGAAGGACAGUUUUAUUGCUUCUUUAAUCAGCACAACAGUUUUCAGCUGUGCUAACAUAAUUGCAAAGGGGUUUUGUAAUGAUCAAUUAGCCUUUUUAAAAUGAUAAACUUGUAUUAGCAAACACAACAUGCCAUUGGAACACAGAACUGAUGGUUGCUGAUAAUGGGCCUCUGUAUACCUAUGUAGUCCCGUGUAGCUCAGUUGGUAGAGCAUGGCAUUUGCAACGCCAGGGUUGUGGGUUCGAUUCCCACGGGGAGGCAGUAUGAAAAUGUAUGCACUCACUAAAAAACUGUAAGUUGCUCUGGAUAAGCGCGUCUGCUAAAUGACUAAAAUGUAAACAAUUUAAAUAUUCCAUUAAAAAUCAGCCGUUUCCAGCUACAAUAGCCAUUUACAACAUUAACAAUGUCUACACUGUAUUUCUGAUCAAUUUUAUGUUAUUUUAAUGGACAAUAAAAUUGCUUUUCUUUCGAAAACAAGAAUUUCUAAGUGACUCCAAACUUUUGAACGGUAGUGUAUGUUCCUAAGUGAAUGACUGUCACUGUUUAUAAAUCCUAUUGGUUCAGUUAGUGCUGUGCUCUAUAUGCGGUUUUUGAUUAUUUAGUGGAUUAUAUUUUCAACCGUAUGAAAUCAAAUUUCAUAUGUAAACGUUCUACCUUACAAUCACACACAUUUUUACAUUUUAGUCGUUUAGCAGACACUCUUAUCCAGAGUGACUUACAAUUAGUGCAUUCAUCACACUAAUUCCGAAUUCAUUGCAGCACACACAAAGCUAGCUGUAUAUCGCUCCUGUUGUGCUGACAUGGCUUGUCUCCCUCAUCCCUGCCUCUCUGUGGUGUAGCUGAGGUGAAGCGUGUUGGUGACACGGUGCUGGGGAUGGCCACCCAGUGUGUCCAGGUGAAGAAUGUUCAGAAGACCACUCCCCAGACCCUCUCUAACCUCUGCCUGAAGAUCAAUGUCAAGCUGGGCGGGGUCAACAACAUCCUCCUCCCACAGGGCAGGUCAGUGCAGAACCUCUCUCAUUAACAUGGCUAUGAAUACAUGCUGGUUUACUGUUAAAGUCUAGCAGUAUUGGACUCCGCAUUCGGUUAAAAUGUAUAAACCAUGUGUUUACCCAUGACAUCUGUGAGACUGACAUUCUUCCAUAAUAUCUUGAAACAAGCCACGCAAGCUAUCAAUCUACUCAUUCACCUAUAUAUCCACCAGCUCUAAGUGAAAAGUCAAGUCAAUCUCCUCCAGCCAGCCAUCCAUCCAUGCAUGUAUAUGUCCAUUCUUCUGUUCACGCGUCUUCUCCUCUGUGAUGAUGGCUCUGGUUAACCUUGUGGGUGUCUGUUCUUCCCAGGCCCCUGGUGUUCCAGCAGCCGGUCAUCUUCCUGGGUGCUGACGUCACUCACCCUCCUGCUGGAGACGGGAAGAAACCCUCCAUAGCUGCAGUAAGUCAGACAGACCAGCCUCUCCACAGGGCCUUGUGUCAACUACCAGGGACUGUAGGGGUGCAUCUCAAUAGUCUACAGUAGUUUAUUUUACUAUACCCACAGGACCAUGUUUCUGCUAGGGAGUAGGGGGUGCAGUAGUCUACAGUAGUUUAUUUUACUAUACCCACAGGACCAUGUUUCUGCUAGGGAGUAGGGGGUGCAGUAGUCUACAGUAGUUUAUUUUACUAUACCCACAGGACCAUGUUUCUGCUAGGGAGUAGGGGUGCAGUAGUCUACAGAGGUAUCCUUUACUAUGUCCAACAUCAUCAUCUGAAAUGGAGAGAACUGAGGGAAUCAAUAGCCUACCACUCCGCCUUGCUCACUAACCGGCUUCCACCUGACUUUCAAAACAGCAAAAAAUAGAAAUGAUCCUAAGUGUGCUCUGUGCUUCCUCAGGGAUGUAGUUCUUCCUGAUGAAUCAGGAAUCCCUACAUGACUCCAUCCUCCAUUCACAUAUACUUUUAAGCUGACCUAUCCCCCUAGCCAAAAUCCCCACGUGUAUGUUUGUAUAUUGUCCUGAUCACAUCCCUGUUCCUCUUUUCUAGGUGGUGGGGAGCAUGGAUGCCCACCCCAGCCGCUACUGUGCCACGGUGCGGGUGCAGCAGCAUCGCCAGGACAUCAUCCAGGACCUGGCCACCAUGGUCAGAGAGCUGCUCAUCCAGUUCUACAAGUCCACCCGCUUCAAGCCCACCCGGAUCAUCUACUACCGCGACGGCAUAUCUGAGGGCCAGUUCAACCAGGUUAGACUUGAGGUAGACUUGAGGAAAUAGGAUUUCAAUUCAAUUGCAUGAUCUUUAAUUGUACUGUACUGGUCGUGAGUAAAGGAUUUUCUGUUAUUUGUUUUUCUAUUGGUUACCGUUCCAAUUUAAUUCUGAAUGCCUAGUCUUUGUUUUUACUGCAAUCAAAUGUUUUCUUUUUUUUACUUUAACUUUCUUUUUGUUUAUCCCAGAUGUGCUUCUGUUUCUAUUGGUAACCAUUCCAAUUCUGAAUUGCCCAAUCAAUUUUGUAUUUUUUUUGCCGGUUUUAUAAAUGUAUAUAUUGUGACGUGUGGGAGUUAUUGUUUUUAAACUAUAACUGUCGUUUUGGGGUUUAUCCAGGUGCUCCAACAUGAGUUACUUGCAAUCCGUGAGGCCUGCAUCAAACUGGAGAAAGACUACCAGCCCGGUAUCACCUUCGUGGUGGUGCAGAAGAGACACCACACUCGACUGUUCUGCAUGGACAGAAACGAGAGGGUUCGUAAUCUCUCCAAUUCAUACUGACCACUAUUAUUACUGGAAAUGAAACGUGUAUAUUAAAUGCCGACAUUGUAAUAUUGUAUGAUUUAUGUGAUUCCUAAUGUGUUUUGUUCAGGUUGGUAAGAGUGGUAACAUCCCUGCCGGCACCACAGUGGACACCAAAAUCACUCACCCAUCGGAGUUUGACUUCUACCUGUGUAGCCACGCUGGCAUUCAGGUAGGGACCAGCCAGCGUCCCGGGCUGCAUCCCAAAUGCCUCCGUAUUGCCUAUAUAGUAUACUACUUUGGUACAACCCAGGACACUAUAGAGCUAGCUAGUGGAGAAGGGACUAUUCUGGAAGGGAACCCACCUCCAGCUUUACUACUAUGUGCUUCUGAGAUGUUGUAGUUUACCUGCUAUAAACGUUUUUAUAAUUGGGAUGUUUAACAUUUCUAGACUCUGGUUGUAGUAGAGCUAAAUGACAUGCAUUACCACUAAACAUGAGUUAAUAAUUGUAAUACCUUUCCCCAGGGGACCAGCCGACCAUCCCACUACCAUGUGCUGUGGGACGACAACCAUUUCACCUCGGACGAGCUGCAGGUGCUCACCUACCAGCUGUGCCACACCUACGUGCGCUGCACCCGCUCCGUCUCCAUCCCAGCACCAGCCUACUACGCACACCUGGUGGCAUUCCGUGCCCGCUACCACCUGGUGGACAAGGAGCACGACAGGUAAGGGAGACGUCACCAUGCCUGAUGUAGACCAUGGCCCUGUUCUGAUACCCUGUUAAAGUAACUCUUAUUUCCAUCAUAUCACUGUACCAUUCAAACUGUGGUGUGUUAGUGAUUACCAGAAUGUGAUGAAGGAAGAAUGAUAUAUUCUUAAAGAAUUCGGACCGAAUAAUUCACUAACUCUUUCCCUUGUGAUCAUUCCAGUGCGGAGGGCAGUCACACGUCGGGACAGAGCAACGGGCGCGACCAGCAGGCCUUGGCCAAGGCAGUUCAGAUCCACCAGGACACACUGCGCACCAUGUACUUCGCCUGA